ACCAACAGGUAACAGGUUUUUAGACAUGCAUCAGAUGCCGAUGUGAAAACAAAGUGUAUAAAAAAUAAAUAAAUUAAGUAAAGUUGUUUUUUUAUAUAAAUAAUAGACAUUUAAAAUUUAUAAUAAAUCAUGAUGAUAAAAAAUUUCAAGGCCAUGUGCUCAAUCAUCAAACAGUGAAGUGUCAAAAUAUUAAAAAAAUGUUAUUGUUUAUAUUUGUUUAAAAAAAUCAAAAUAAAAGUGAGCAUGAUAUCAAGAUUUUCAAAUAAAUAAAUACAAAAAUCAUUUAUUGAAUUGAAAAAAUUAAUCAAAUUGGCUAAUUGAUAAAUAUAUUUGAAAAAAAAUAGAAAAAAAAAAAAAAAGUGUGAUGGAUCCAGAAGAUAAUUGCAUCGGUGCUUGGAGCAUUGUAUUGUUUGUAAUUGGAACAUUUUUAACAACAAUAAUCCUCAUUGCAGUUUCAACGUAUUUCUAUCGGAGAUGGCGUCGAAAUAAAGGAAGACACUUGGUACUUGUAACAAGACCAGAAAUUGUUGAGGAUGCAUAUGCAUUUGAUAAUCCAUGUUUUAAAGAUGCUACAACACCUGGUUAUAAUAGAAGUAUGGAAAGAACACAAUCUGUAUCAUUUGUUGAAACAACAACACCAACAACAGCAGCAACAACAACAACACCAUCAUCUAAAGAAUUACCAAAAUGGUCAUCACCAUGGUCUCUCCUGGCAUCUGGUGCAAAUAAUAAACAUGAAAAUCGACGAACACUUGAUGACUCAAUACUUGUGCCAACAGCCACACGUGUAUCUGUCGUUAGUCUACGAAGUCGAGACUUUACUGGUCUAGGAUUUAAUGUGUGUGGUAAUAUGCUUGAAGGAAUAUUUGUCAAGGAUCUUUUACAUCGUGGUCCAGCAUCUGAAUCUGGUCGUAUUCAUCCAGGUGAUCGUAUUGCAAGUGUUAAAAUAAGCUUUAGAAAUAUGGCUUAUGAAGAUGCAUUGACAAUAUUAAGUUAUGCAUCACCAUAUGAUGUUGAAAUUGAAGUUGAAAGUGGUGGUAGUGGUUCACGUCCAACAACAUUAUUAAAAAAAACAGUUGGACCAAGUCCAACAAGAAUAUGUCAUCCAUUAUAUCGUAGUCAAUCAAUACCAGAAUUUUCACAUUAUCAAAAAACAUCAAAACGUUUAUUUGUUAAUGAUCCAAAUGAAACAUUAAAUAAUACAAUAAUUAAUUCAACACUUAAAUCAACAAAAUCAAUUAAAUCAACACCAGAUAGUCAUACAUUAAAAAAACGUCAUGAUGAAAUACAAAAAUUAAAUCAUCAAAAAAUUGGUAUUAAAGUAUUACCAUCAUUAGAUGGUACUGUACAUCGUAUUGUUGAUGAAAAUGAACAUAAUACUAAUCUUGAAAGAAUUAAUUCAAGAAAAAUUAUUAAUAAAAUAACACCAACAACAGUAAUUAAUGAAAAUAAACAUGAAAAAAUUAAUGAACAACAUAGAAAACGUGAAAAUCCAUUUUUAAAACAAAAUAUUAAUGGUAUUGAUAAUACUGAUAAUAAAAAUGAUACAAAAAAUGAUAUUAUUAUUGUACCAGAUGAUGUACCAGCUGAAGUUCAUAAUGCAGCAAUGGCAGCACGUAGAAAUCGUAAAAGUAGUCUUGAAUAUUUAGAUCAAACAAAAAAUAUUGAUGAUACUAUUAUUGAUGAUGAUGAUGAUAAUAAUAAAAAUUCAUUUAAAAAUAAAAGAAAAGCACCAGCACCACCACCAGAUACAUCAUCAUCAACAACAAAAGAAGAUAAUUAUAAACGUGAUAUUGAAACUGAAAAUUGUAUUGAAAGUAUUAAUGAUUAUACUGAAUCAUUAAAUAAAAAUAUACGUGAUGAUACAAUAGCAAAUGAUGCUGAAAAACGUCGUCAAAGAACAGAUGAACGUUUAUCUCAGAAUGAAUACACAGAAUUCAAUAAUAAAAAUGAAGAUGAUGUUUAUCGUAAAGCAGCAAGUCUUGGUGAUUUAUCACGAUAUGAAUCAAAAAAUACAACAACAUUAGAAAGAGCACAGAGUCUUGAUAUGGCUGAUACUGGAUCUAAAAAACGUAAAGCACCAAUGCCACCAGAUGAUAUUAUUGAACUAAGUGAAGAUUUAACAAAAUUAGAUGAACUUGAUAAUAGAUUUGAUGGUAGAAAAUUAAAAAAAUCAAAUGAAUGGGGAACACUUGAGGAUGCAUUGUGGGAUAAAUCAAAUGAUAUUAAUAAUGAUUUACCAAUUAUGAAAAAAAUAAUUAAUGAUACACUUGAAAAAUCAAAACCAGUAAACGAAAUAAAUAAUGAUAGUACUACUUCUACUACUACUGUUGAUGUUGAUGUAAAUAAUGAUGAUGAUGAUGAUGAUUGUUCAAUUGAAUUAUUUAAUCUUCCAUUAAGUAAAAAAUUAUCAAAAGAAUUUCUUGAAGCUGAAAAAAUGUUUAAUCCAGAUGUUGAUAAUGCAUUAGCAAGAAUAGUUAAUAAUGGACAAGUUAUUAAAAGCAUGACACCUGAAGAAGUUGAAUUAGAUUUUAGACAAGCUAAACCACAAUUAUCUGAUAAUGAUGAUGAUGAUGAUAGUGAUGAUGAAAUUGAUAAAGAAGCUGAAAAAUCAUACAAAAGAGGUAUUGCAUUUUUAGAUUUAAAUAAAAAACCAUUUAAUAAUAUUAAUGGUGAUAAAGAUAAUAUUUAUGCUGAUAUGAAAGAAGUUUAUGAAAAACCAAUUAAAAAAAUAACAGUAACACAUGGUUGUCCUGGUUGUGAAAAACGUGGUGAUCAUAAUAAACAUUGUAUAAUUAAAAAACAAUCUAAAAAUAAUGAUGAUAUAAAUACUGAAUUACCUGAUAAACAUAAUAAUAAUAAUAAUAAUAUAUCAGAAUAUCCAAAAAAUAAUGAUAAUAAAAUUAAUAAUGAUGAUAUUGAUUUAGAAUUGCCAAUAAAAUUUAAUAAAACAAAAAAUAUAGAAACACAAAAUGGUGAUAAUCAUAAUGUCAGUAAUAUAAGUGUAUCAAGUGGUGAAAAUAGUGAGGAUAGUGGUUUAGUUGGUGAAUCUGGUGAUUAUAAUGAUAAUGUAAAAACAAUAUUACCACCAGAACAAUCAUUAUCACAAAUAAAUCAAAAUGAUAAAAUGAAUUAUAUCACAGAAAUUAAAGUAUCAUCAAUUGAUACAACAAAUAAAACAAUUGAUAAUGAUGAAAAUAAAAUAAUAUUAGAUAAACAACUUAAUAAUGAAGUAACUAUUACAUCAAAUGGUAGACGUUUAUCUGGUAAAAAACCACCAGUACCACCACGAAGAAGUGAUUCAACAAAAUCACAUUUUAAAGGUAAUACAAGUGAUAAACAAGUUGUUUAUGUAACUGAAGUUAAAAAUCAAAAUGAUCCAAUAGAUAUAACUGAUAAAAAUACAGUAAAUAAUGAUUUUGAAAAUUGGAUAUAUAAAUCUGAUAAUAAAGAACAAAAUCCUUGGGGAAAUGGAUCAAGUCAAUCACCUCAACCUGUCACAAAUAUUGUUGUUACUUCUGGUGAUCAAAAGCAAUCAUAAAAAAAUAUUAAAUUUUGUUAUUAUUAUUUUUAAAUUGUUUAAUUGUUAAUGACACUAAAAAAAAAAAAAAAAUUAGAUCUCGAAUAUCAAAAUAUAUUUAAGGUUUGGCUGUUUUUUUUUUAUUUUAAUUACUAGUUUUAGUAGACAUACUUUGUCAUGAGAAUAUACUUGACACGGAUAUUAAAUUUGUUACGUCUCUCCUUUGGGAGAAAAAUGAAAAUAAUAGAAAUAAAAAAAAAAAAAAUUGAUAUCGUGAUACAUGUAAGUGUUAGGGGAAGCCAAGUGCCAUAAUUAUAACAAAAAAGGUUUUUUUUUUUUAAUUUUUUUGUGGCAAUUGCUUUCUAAUCGUAUGAAAGGAAAUUUGUGAGAAUGAAUGAUAAAGAAAGUUUUAAAAAUAAUAAUAAUUGUUGAAUGAUAUUUUUAUUUUGGAGAUGAGAGUAUUAAAAGGUCUUCCGACAAUAAAAAAUAGAGUCAACAGUAUUUUUUUUUUUUUUCUUUUUACUGCUCAUGUAAAUUUUUAUGUUGAAGAUAUAUUAUAUUCAAUAAUCGUGUAUAAUUUUAUAUUUUUUUUCGUAACGGUUAUCAAGAUAAGUAUUGCAUAAAUAUUAGGUUGUAACUGAUGAUUAAUUUACAGUUAUUAAGUCUCACAAGAUUUAUUUUAUAUUUUUCAAUUGAUUUAUUUCAUAAUUAUUGAUAAAUUUAAAAUGUGUUAAUUUAUUUUAAUACACUGACAAUAUUAUUGAUAUAUAUUUUUUGUAUAUUUUGGUGCCGCAUAUUUAUAUUAAUGUUAAAUUGAAAAAUAAAAUAUAUACUCAGUUUAUAAAAGAAAAAAUUUAAUAAAAUUAUACAAAUUUAAAAUAAGGUCAGGUAUGAAAGUUUGUUAAUCGAGAAUAAAUGAGAACCUUGUAGAGAAUAUUGUUAUUUUAUUAAAACAAAAAAAAAAAAGAAAAAUAAUUAAAAAAAAAAAAAUAUGAAUUAAUAAAUAGUUAUUAGUC